AUGAAGCUCAGCAAGAAGGAAAUGAGAGGACAAGCUUCAGAGAGUCUGAAAUUUGUGACAAACGAUUCUCUGCUUUUGGGCUUUGGGGCAAGAAUUCCACCUAAUUAUGAGGUGUCUCAUGACUUUGCCAUCAAUUUCAACCCGGAGGAUGAUGAAUGUGAAGAGAUCCAGGGGGUCGUGGAAGCCUACCAAAACUGCCUGCCCAAGAUCCAGCUCUACGGUCCCACUAAUGUGGCUCCCAUCAUCAACAGAAUAGCUAAACAGGCGGCUGGGAAAGAACCCAUCAAAGAUGCUUCUCUGUAUCAUAUCCUGCUGAUCCUCACAGACGGGGUGGUAACAGACAUGGCCGAUACACGGGAGGCCAUUGUUCGGGCCUCCUACCAGCCUAUGUCCAUCAUUAUAGUGGGAGUGGGAAACGCCGACUUCACGGACAUGCAGAUCCUUGAUGGAGAUGACGGAGUCCUUCGCUCACCCAAAGGGGAACCUGUCUUGAGGGACAUCGUCCAGUUUGUGCCCUUCAGAGACUUUAAAACGGCUUCACCAGCUGCCCUGGCAAAGUGUGUCCUAGCGGAGGUGCCUAAACAGGUAGUGGAGUACUUCAGUCACAAGGCCAUACCGCCGAUGAACCCAGUCCUCAAUUCAACCCCAACUCCAUCGCCAACACACCUGAAUAACACUCCACCCGAGCCCGGUCCAGCCCGAUGA